UCUAAAAUAGAGGUCAAUUAUACACUCUGCUCAGAGGAAAAGAGUACAUACCGCCUCCUCUCCUUAGUGACUUGACAACUCUGUUCUGCAAUUCCUACCGUUUCUUCAUCGGGUGCCGUUCGAAGAAUUACCAAGACUGAUGUGCCUCUGUACCUUCCGAGUCAAUGAACAAUAUUGCGACUUUGAACCCUAUACAAGUUGCUUGAAAGUUAUGUUCACGAGGGUUUGUGGUGUUCCAUUUUGGAGUACAUUUUCCUUUAGCUAGUUUGGCUCAUUGGAUGAACCAUGGCAGACAAGAAAAACAAGAAGAAAGCUGAGGAUGCUGCUGGAGCUUCUGAAAGGCCAUCAUCAUCUGAAAAGAAAACUCCAAAAUCCUUGAAACCUGAACGUAAGAUUGAGAAGAGAUCUCCAUCUAGGAACAUUUUCAAGGCCAAAGUAGCCACAGGUGCUCUACAGAUUCAGGGAGUAAAGGGCAAGCAGAAUAGAAGCAGUGAAUCAAACGGCAAAGAAGGAACUAGCAAAGCUGAAAGACACGAGACUAAGAAGCCAAAAAGCAAGGAAAGGAAUAAAGAAAAGAAUUAUGAAAACCACAUGAGAAAGGACCAACCAAAAAAAAACAAAGACGAGUGUCAUGAGUUGGAAAAGAACCUCGAGAACCAAAAGAACAAAGAAAAACUCGGUGGUUUAAUCUUUAUGUGCAGUGCGAAGACGAAACCUGAUUGUUUUCGUUAUCAUGUAAUGGGUGUAUCAACAAGCAAGAAAGAUCUUGUGUUGGGUGUCAAACCUGGGCUUAAGCUUUUUCUUUAUGAUUUUGAUCUCAAGCUUAUGCAUGGAAUCUACAAGGCAUCCUCGUCUGGCGGCAUGAAACUUGAGCCUGAAGCUUUUGAUGGGGCCUUCCCUGUUCAGGUGCGCUUUACUGUUCACAUGGACUGUUAUCCAUUACCUGAGAGCAUCUUCAAAAAGGCAAUCAAGGAUAAUUAUGACAAAACUAACAAGUUCAAGACAGAACUUACUAUGGAACAAGUUAAGAAACUCAUGAAACUUUUCCGACCCACUGAAAUCCAUUCAAAAGCACUGCCUAUCCAUUCUCCACCCAGAGCAAGAGCAAGAGAGCGUGAUAGGGAAGUUUACAGAGGAGAAAGAGAAUCCCAUUCACACAGUAAACCAUUGCUUAGGGAUCCCAACACCAUUGGUUAUGCUAGGAGCUACUCCAGGCUGUCUCAUGAAAGACACCAUCCUAUUGCAUACAGAGAGGCAGCAUCUACUCGAUCAGAGGAAUUUCCUCGUGAUGCAUUUAUGAGUGAAAAGGAGUAUCGAACUUAUGGUCUUCAGGGAGCAAGCACUAGAGGUGAUGCUAGGAGCUACCCUGUGCUGUCUCAUGAAAGGUACCAGCCGAGGGUAGAGGAAUUUCCUCCUGAUUCAUUUAUGAGUGAAAAGGAGUAUCGAACUUAUGGCCUUCAGAGAGCAAGUAGGAAUAUGACUCCUCCAGCUCAUGAACGAGAGCACCUUCUGAGGCAAGAGGCCCCUAUAUACGUGGAUGUUGCUCAUGGACAAGAACAUGUAGGCCGAGAUCCUCCUUUUGUUAAUGAACUGGAGUAUCGGACUCAGGGUCUUCAGGCUAGACGGGAAUUGCCAUUGUCAGUCCUUCCUGCAACUGCAAAUCCUGCUGCUGCUGUAGUUGAAAGAGGGCACCUUUUAAAGAACGCUGCUUCUGUGCAUGGAGAACCUCUUCCUCGUCACACUACUUUUAUAAAUGAAGGAGAGUAUCUUACUUCACAUCUUGGUGCAAGACGCGAAUUGCCAUCUUCAAUCCCUGCUGCAACUGUAACUAUUGCUUCUGCUUACCCAAGAGAUCCAUAUUAUAGCACUUAUUCUAGUGUACCUGUGGAUACAUAUCCACCACCACCAAGAAGAGAGGAAGUCAGGGCGGGAUCUUAUUUUCUUAGUGGCAGGGCAGAGCCCUACUUGGGUGAGACCGAUCAGAUGCGAAUGAGAGAGGCUGAUACCCUGGAGAGGAUAUACUCAACCUAUGCUUCUGAUGCUCCAUUAAAAUAUGAUCAGAUACACCACUACCAGAAGGCCAGGCCUGAACCCGGGAAUGUCCCGGUUUCUUCUCUCUAUUCAUUUGCAGGUCCAUCAUCAUUCCGUCGUUGACCUGAGGUUGCAUCCUUCAUCCCCUUGUUGAAUAUUUUGGCCCUUCGUGUAACUGAAAUUUAGACAGUAUUUAAAGGUUUUGAGCAUUAUUUUACACACUCGUUGUCUGGGCACAGAAUUAAUUGGCAAACAUCAGAGUCAGAGAGGAUGUUUUGGUGCAGCCUAGGCUGAAUGGAGUGGGUAAUCCUGGCUUAAACUUGUUCCUGUGGUUUCCCCGGCCCAUAUACCCAGACCCAACAUGUUAUCUGCCAUCAUUAAAAGGAUGAAGUGCGUAUUUUGGUUGCCGGUAGUUCUCUUUGAGUUUGGAAGCUAAAUGCCAAAUUGCAAAUCAUGGAGCCCCUCAUGAGUUUCACAGAUAGUAAAGCCCACCCCAAGAUGAGUGCUCUCCAAGUCUGUACUCUCUCAUCACAUCCAUGGCUUUGAACUUCCAUUUGUGCCUGUUUUUUUUUUCAUCACACAGAAGCUAUGUUUGAUGGGAUCAAGGAGGGGCUAAAACAUUGUAGCAAUGUUUGAAUUAGCUUCUUGAAAGCCCAGAAUUGUUUAUGACCCUAAAAGUGCUUUUUAUUUGCAUUUGGGUAAUCUGAAUAAUGUUGGUUAUGGUUUUAAAAUUAGCGUCAUAUAGCA